AAGAAAGCAGACAACUUACUGUAUUUUGGUUCUGAAAAAUGGGACCCCAGAUUGCCAUUCUUGGAGCUGGAACCUUCGUCAAGACCCAAUACAUUCCAAGGCUCUCUGAGAUCUCCAACCUCCUCAUUCUCAAAGCCAUUUGGAGCCGCACGGAGGAAUCUGCUAGAUCUGCGGUUGAGAUUGCUCGGAAGCAUUUUCCAGGAGUAGAAUGCAAAUGGGGUGAUAAGGGCCUUGAAGAAAUUAUUGCAGAUAGUUCGAUUCUUGGUGUGGCAGUUGUUUUAGCUGGCCAAGCUCAGGUUGAUUUCUCACUGAGGAUGCUCAAGGGAGGGAAGCAUGUGCUUCAAGAGAAACCUGCGGCAGCUUCUACAAGUGAAUUGGAAACUGCGCUGUCAAGUUAUAAGUCAAUUGUUGAUAAUGCCCCUGACAAACCAAUUUGGGCUGUUGCAGAAAAUUAUAGAUUUGAACCUGCUUUUGUUGAGGGAAGGAAACUAAUGACUGAAGUUGGAGACGUGAUGAGCAUCCAAGUUAUUGUUGAAGGAUCAAUGAACAGUUCAAACCCUUACUUCUCAAGCUCCUGGAGGCGUGAUUUUACUGGAGGUUUCAUUCUGGAUAUGGGUGUACAUUUCAUCGCAGGACUGAGGAUGCUUGCUGGAUGUGAGUUAGUAUCUGUGUCAGCUACAACCUCUCAUGUUGACAAGACCUUGCCGGCACCAGAUAGCAUUUCCUCUCUCUUUCAACUGGAGAAUGGAUGUUCAGGUGUUUUUGUGAUGGUGGUCUCCUCAAGGUCGCCAAAGAUAGUUUGGCGAUUUUCUGGCUUGAAGGGGACGCUGCAAAUUGAGCGUGGGAACCAAGAUGGACGGCAUGGCUACGUGGUUUUAUUUUAUGGUUCUGAUGGACAAAGCAAAAGCUCCUUCUACCAAUUUAGCGGUGUGGAUGAAGAAUUCAGAGCUUUUUUUUAUGACAUAUCACAGGCCACUCUAAAGAAGGGGACUAGCUACGAAGCUGAGCCUCGCAUGUCCUUUUUGGAAGGUGCCAGAGAUGUUGCUGUUCUAGAGGCAAUGCUUGAUUCUGGAACAAAGCAAGGGGCACCCGUUCAAGUGAAAAAGUUUUGACCAAACAAUUAGAUCUCUCUCUCUCUCUCUCUCUUCCCUCCAGCUCCAGCCCCGGUUGCAGUAGCUUACAGUAUUGAGGUGCAUUCUCAGUUCUUUUUUUUUACUUUUUUUUUUUUUUAUUUUUUAUUUACAGUGAAAUUGUUACGUUGAAAUAAGAAAGGGAAUAUAUUUAUGUUAUAACGUUGAAGAGUUCUAAACGAUUGGUUAUUGCCUCUCGAAUGGUAUCCGGAUUGUAAAGUAGGGGAGUGUAGCUUCUGUAACUACACAUUUAUUAAGAGAAUUCUGGUAAAGCUGUUUGAUUUUUUCUGUUCAA